AUGUGGCGUGCCCAAGCUGGCCAUAAAAUUCAAGCGAACAAUGAUUCGGAUGACGAUUGGGAGACCGAGGCCGACUUUGAGAAUACAGCCGAUGAUAGUGUUACAAAAGCACAAGCGAGAACCUUUGGGGACAAAAACAACCCUAGUGUUAUAAAUGCGGUCGCGACAGAGCACGAAAAUACAAAAGCCAACUUCCUUCAUCAUUCCCAAAAAGACCAUUCUCACGGCUUCGGCGGCAAAUUUGGCGUCCAGGAAGACAGAAAAGAUGCUUCUGCGGUAGAUUUUUCGUACGACGGAAAAACUGCCAAACAUCAAAGUGCCACUGAUUUUUCAAAGGGCUUCGGGGGCAAAUUUGGCGUUCAAAAAGACAGGCAAGAUCAAAGUGCGAAGGGGUGGAAUCACAUUGAAAAAGUCGAGAAGCACGAGUCUCAGACGGAUUAUUCGAGAGGUUUUGGAGGCAAGUACGGAGUGGAAAGUGAUAAGCAAGACAAAGCAGCUGUUGGAUACGAUUACGAAGGAAAAGUCAAGCUUCAUGAGAGUCAAAAUGCAGCGGGAUCAAAACCGAAGGCGCCAGCGAAAGCAUCCGAUUUGCGAAGCAGAUUUGAGAAAAUGGCGAUGGAACAGGAAGAAAAGGCGAAGGUAGAACGAGAGGCAGCGCAAAAGGCGCGAUUUGGCCGAGAUGCUGCAGAAAGAAAAGAGCAAGAGCGAAAAGAAGCUGUGGAAAGAAAUGCACCAGCUCCUGUUGCACCUGCUCCAGCGGCGAGUGUUGAAGAGGACGUUCCAAGAACUUCGGUUUCCGCAGCAAGACAAGCGUUUAUGAACCAGCAAGCCCCUGCUCCAGCUCCUGUUCAACCAACUCAGAGAAGGAGGAGUAACAUUUACUCGACUUCUCAAGAACCUGAGCCACCAGCGCCUCAGCCCGUUGCUCCAACUCCACCAGCUCCAGUGAGGCAACCAGAACCCGCGCCGGAGCCUUAUUACGAGCCCCCAGCUCCCGUCGCCGCAGUCAGACAGCCUGAACCAGAGCCAGAGCCGUAUUAUGAACCGCCCGCACCUGUUCAAGAAGCAGCUCAAUAUCAAGAACCUCCGCAACCGACGUUUAAUGAUUCUGUUCCAGCGCCGGCGCCACAAAAUGAUUAUCAAGAGGAUAUUUAUUCGAUGCCACCUGCUCCAGAAGAGGAACAGACGUAUUUUGAACCCCCUGUUGACCCUGUUCCUGCGAAAAAGUCGGCUCCUCCACCACCACCUCCAGCACAACCACAAUUUGAUCAAGGAAUAUGUGCGGUAGCACUUUGGGAUUACCAAGCUGAAGAAGAAGACGAAAUCACUUUCGAUCCCGGUGAAACAAUCACACAAAUUGAAAUGAUCGACGAGGGUUGGUGGAAAGGCACUUGCCGUGGGCACACAGGCAUUUUCCCCGCAAAUUAUGUCGAACUGAAACGAUAA